GUGUCCGACCUGCCCCUGGCUGUUCCUGCGCGUCUUACUCGCCUCGGCCUGUCGGAGGUUGUGAACCAUCUCCUGGAGCACGACGAGCCGCGUGCCUUUGACUUCCUCAUCGAUGGCGAGCUGCUCCGCUCAUCGUUAGAGGAGCACCUGCGCAGCAAGGGGCUCUCCCUUGAAGAGGUCGUCAUUGUGGAGUACUUCCUGGUCCCAAAGAAACCAGAGCACACGGAAGAUAAGCCGCACGAGGAUUGGGUAGCCGGCAUCGCCAUCUCUUCCUCCUCCAGCGUUCUUACCGCCUCCUACGACAAGACAGGACGGAUAUGGGAGGAAGGCGCUGACGGGCAUGCAGCGGUCACGCUCCUUGGGCACGAGGACAGCGCGACAUGCUGCACGUGGGUGGAGGAACAAGGGGAGGGGAGCACUCGAUUCGCCAUCACCGGCAGCAAAGAUUACUCCCUGCUAGCCUUCGCCGUCCCCAAGGGCACGGGCGGGGGGCAGAGCAUGCAGCCUUGCUUCCGCUUCAGAGGGCACGAGGGGGCCGUCCAGGCGGUCGCCUGCAGAGACUCGUUGCUGUGCAGCGCGUCCUGGGACAAGACGAUCAAGAUCUGGCCGAUGCCGACGGAGAAGGAGCUGGAGGAGCUGGCGGGGAACUCAGGGGAGGCGAUCAGCCAGACCGGGAAGAGAAGCAAGGGAGAGGAGGGGAAGCAGGCGGUGAACAUGAAGGACCGGGGGUGUCUGAGCACGUUGGUGGGGCACACGCAGGCAGUGACAGGGGUGGAGGUGGGAGGGAGACAGGAGAUCGUGUCGGGAGGAUGGGACCACACGGUCAAGUCAUGGGAUGCUGAGAAGCAGCAGUGCCUGACCAACUUGACCUCCAACUCAGCCGUCAAUGGCGUCGCCAUCUCCCUCUCCGGCCUCUUUGCCUCCGCCCACGCCGAUCGCGCCGUCCGCGUCUGGGACCCUCGAGCUGGGGCUCUGGUGAGGAAGUCGCUGGCGUCGCACAAGGGAUGGGUGAACGCAGUCAGCUGGAGUCCGAGCUCGGAGCAUCAUCUUGUCUCCUGCUCUCAUGAUCACACCAUCAAGCUCUGGGACUUUCGCUCUUCUGUCCCUCUUCACACCAUCGCCGCUCAUGACGGGAAGGCGCUCUGCGUGAGCUGG